AUGACAGGGGCCAGCAUUUCAGUGGAUCAAGACCAGUUCAUGUGUCCAGUCUGUCUGGAUCUCCUUAAGGAUCCUGUGACUAUUCCCUGUGGACACAGUUACUGUAUGGGCUGUAUUAAGGGCUACUGGGAUCAGGAUGAUCAGAAGAGAGUUUACAGCUGCCCCCAGUGCAGAGAGACCUUCACUCCAAGACCAGUUCUGGGUAAAAACGCCAUAUUAACUGAAAUGGUGGAGAAACUGAAGAAGACGAAACUCCAAGCUGCUGCUCCUCCUGCUCACUGUGACACUGGAGAUGUGGAGUGUGAUUUAUGCAUUAAGAAGAAAGAAAAAGCCAUCAAGUCUUGUCUGACAUGUCUGGCUUCAUACUGUGAGACUCACCUCCAGCCUCACUAUGAAUCUCCUGCCCUCCAGAAACACACGCUGGUCAAAGCCUCCACACGACUACAGGACAAGAUUUGUCAUCAUCACAACAAACUGAUAGAACUUUGGUGUCAAACUGACCAACAGUUCAUGUGUUAUCUGUGUAUGGUGGAUGAACACAGAGACCAUAAAACAGUAUCAGUGGCAGCAGAGAGGACUGAAAGACAGAAACAGUUGGGAGAAACUCAGAAGAAAACCCAGCAGAGAAUCCAGGGGAGAGAGAAGGAGGUGCAGGAGCUGAGACAGGCUGUGGAGUCUUUCAGGUGCUCAGCACAGGCCGCAGUGGAAGACAGUGAGAGGAUCUUUACUGAGCUGAUCCUCUCCAUUGAGAGAAGGCGCCGUGAGGUGACAGAGCUGAUCAGAGAUCAGGAGAAGAGUGAAUUGAGUCGGGCUGAAGGAGUCCUGGAGCGACUGGAGCAGGAGAUUGCUGAUCUGAGGAGGAGAGACACUGAGCUGGAGCAGCUUUCAUACACAGAGGAUCACAUCCAUUUCCUCCAGAGUUUUCCAUCUCUCUACAUCCCUUCUGGAUCUGAAGAGUUACCCGGCAUCAGCAUCCAGAGGCCACACCUCUCUUUUGAGGAUGUAGGAAAAUCUGUCUCUAAGCUGAAAGAGCAACUGGAGGAUUUCUGUAAGGAGAGAGUGACAUCAAACAUCAACUCUAUUCCUCAUCACGAACCCGAAACCAGAGAGGAUUUUUUACAAUAUUCCUGUGAUCUCACCCUGGAUCCCGACACAGUGAAUAAACACCUGUGUCUGUCUGAGGGGAACAGAGUGGUGAGCUGUGUUAACAGAGUCCAGCCAUAUCCUGAUCAUCCAGAGAGAUUUGACGGGCGCUCUCAGGUCCUGUGUAAAGAGGGUGUGUCUUCAUGCUGUUACUGGGAGACUGAGUGGAGUGGAAAUACUUAUGGGGCUUCUAUAGUUGUGUCAUAUAAAGACAUCAGCAGGAAAGGAAGGGGCAAUGAGUGUUUUUUUGGACAUAAUGACAAGUCCUGGAGUUUGUUCUGUUCUCCCUCUGGUUACUCAUUCAAUCACAGAAAUAGAAUUAUUAGACUACCAACAGUUCCCACUUCCUCCAGAAUAGGAGUGUAUGUGGACCACAGGGCAGGAACUCUGUCCUUCUACGAGGUGUCUGACACAAUGACCCUCCUCCACAGAGUCCAGACCACAUUCACUCAGCCCCUCUAUCCUGGGUUUUGGGUGAGUGUGGGAACAAAAGUGAGGUUACGGAACCAUACGAAGUGA